AUGAGAAAUAUUACAAACACGGCAAUCAAUAGGAAUAUCAGCUUCAGUAGUCUUCCUCGCUUCGUUGGCAGAGCUCUUCGUGUACCCAUCGCAGGCGUCACUGUAGGCGGUGGCUCGUUUGCAUACGCCAAUUAUAAAUUUGAAGGUGGUUACACACUCUCCCACUAUUCUCCUCUCAUUUGUCCCCCAGAAUUUCGCAGCAAAACUGCUAAUCUUGUCGAUGACGUCUCUUCUGGUUUCACUGACGCUUAUCUAGCCCUGCGUGGUACCCUGCCUUCCGCCGAUGGCUUCCAUGAGCGCCGUGAGAGGCUCAAUGAGUGGCUCAGUGGGUUUCGCGGUGGUGGUCGAGGUGGUGGUGAUGAUGGCAGUCCUAGUGGCAGUCGCAGUCGCAACGACAAGGGCGACCCCAACGGCAACCCUGAUACUCCUCCAAACCCAGCGCUCCUCGCUGCUCUCGCUCUAUCGCCAGACGACAGCAACAAGGUCAGCAACGACGACUCACAAGACUCGCAGCCAAACCUAUUAAUGAAUCUCACACGCAAGCUCAUCGAAAUACGGUCCAUUCUCGUCUCUAUUGACCAGAGCGACAACCUCAACCUCCCCAGCAUCGUCGUCAUUGGCUCGCAAUCCAGCGGAAAGAGCAGCGUCCUCGAGGCAAUCGUCGGCCACGAGUUCCUCCCCAAAGGCAACAACAUGGUAACUCGACGUCCAAUCGAGCUUACUCUAGUACAUACACCCCACUCUUCCGAGGAAUAUGGUGAAUUCCCCAGUCUGCCUUCUUUCGGCAAAGUGCAGGAUUUUGCAGCCAUACAGAAAAUACUUACUGACCAAAACCUCUCUGUUCCAGCCAGCCAAUGUGUUUCUGACAAACCCAUCGAUUUGCGCAUAUACAGCCCACACGUGCCCGACCUCACGCUGAUUGACUUGCCGGGCUAUGUACAGCUAAGUGGGAUGGAUCAGCCGGACGACCUUCGCGAGAGCAUCAGCAGUCUCUGCGACAAGUACAUUGCCCCUCCCAACGUCAUUCUGGCUGUCUGCGCUGCGGACGUAGAUCUCGCCAACUCGCCAGCUCUGCGUGCCAGUCGGCGUGUAGAUGCACUUGGCAUGCGCACUGUCGGCGUUGUCACCAAACUCGACAUGGUGACACCAGACGAGGGCACUGCUAUACUCACCAACCGCAAGUAUCCGCUCCAGCUGGGCUACGUCGGCGUCGUGUGCAAGGCGCCCAAACGCGGCAUCAUCGACGUGCUCGCCGCGGACAGUAAUGGGAAUAUGAGUGGGGCUAUUAUGCAGCGCGAGGAAAAUUACUUUCAUAACCACUCUCAGUCAUUUAGUAAACCAGGCGUACUCGUCGGCACAAACACUUUGCGUAAAAAACUUAUGGAGGUGCUCGAACGUAGCAUGAGUGAUAAUCUCCAAGAUGUUAGCACGGCUGUACAAAAUGAACUCACUGACGCUUCCUACCAAUUCAAAGUGGAGUACAACGACAGAAGAAUGAGUCCGGAAUCUUACGUCGCUCAAGUCGUAGAUGGACUCAAGGUGGGAUUGAGAGAUGGCCAACUAAGCUUCAGUAAACCUCAAGUGAGGGAGAAACUCGAGGGCAUGCUCAGCGAUCGCGUCAUGUAUAUCCUCGAACAGCUGUACUGGAAUGACAAGCGACUAGCUGAGUUGAACAAACUGUCUCAAGGAGAAGUAGAUCAGUAUUGGACGCAGAAAGCAGACGCUGCACGCUCACUAUUAACUAAAAGCGGAAUAGGCAGGGAUUCGUCUACACUCGUAGCUGAUGGUUUGAGGGGGUUGGUUGAGGUGUUGACGACUGACUCGCCCUACUCAUACCACUCGGAGGCAGCACAACGAAUCAGAGAAUUCUCAUACGAGAUUCUGCGAUCUCGCUUGAGCGCGACUAGUGACCAGGUCGAGAACGCACUGAAGCCGUUCAAAUUCGAGGUGGAGACGGAAGACAAAGAGUGGAACAUGGGACGGCGGCAUGCGAUAUCCGCAUUGGAUAAAGAGCAUGAAGCAUGUAAUGCGAAACUGAGUGAGAUACGCCAGAGGGUGGGUGGAUAUCGCAAGCUGAAAAGCAUCAUCAGUUAUAUUGAGCAAGUGGAGGAUGGCAGUAUGACCCAAAAGAGUGGGAAAGAGGGAGAACCUGCGUGGAAGUUGGCCUACAACCCCGCACACCUAGUAGAAGCACGACAAGCAAUGUUGUUAGGGGAAAGACUCGCAAUACUCAAGCUGAGAAAGUCAACCCUUCAAUCAUCGCAGUGUAAGUAUGGAAAGGGAGUAGAGACACGCUGUCCCGAGGCUUUCUUGACGGUAGUUAGUGAGAAACUGGCAUAUACCUCAUCGUUAUUCCUGCAAAUUGAGCUCCUGCAGACGUUUUUUGACCAGUUCCCACGAGAGAUUGAUUCGCGACUGAUGUAUGACCUGGAUAGACAGGCUAUCAGUAAUUUCGCGCGGGAAAACCCAUCUGUGCGCGCGCACCUCGACCUGCAAGAGAAAAAGGAUAAACUGGAGGAUGUGAUGCGAAGGUUAGAGACAUUAAUGCACGCGAAAGAGGCACAAGCACCCUCGAGUAGGCGUAAAUAUAGUUUGUUUUGA